UUGAACAACUAAUUGUUGGAGACAUGUUGAAUGUUCCAGUUGCCAUUUUCGUGCUUGUCCUCAGUUUGGGCAUCCGUGGACACGCUCAGGGUGAUCCUCACCGUUGCUUCGGCGCCAAUUUCACCCAAAAUAGCACCUACGAGUCCAACCUUAAUGUUCUCCUUUCAAAUCUCUCCACCAACGCCCCCGGAAGAAACGGAUUCUUCAACUCCUCCGCCGGCCGAACGCCAGACGCCGUCUACGGUCUGUUUCAGUGUGGUGGCGACGCCACCAACGCCACCUGCCGGAACUGCGUAAUAGAAGCUUCCAGAAACAUAGCCCAUCAGUACUGUCCCCUGAGUAAAGGCGUUGUGGUUUGGCUUGACGACUGCGUGUUGCGUUAUUCCGACCAAAUUUUCUUUUCCUUGGUGUCCCGAGAGCCAAGUUUCCAGUUGGAUAAUCCAGCUGAUAUAGGCGUCGACACCACUCGCUUCAACCAACUAGUGGCCUCCACGUUGGCCGCCACCGUGGCUCGGGCCGCUGCCUCGCCCGGAGUAAUGUUUGCAACAAACCAAGCAACUUUCACCUCAAAUACAACACUCUACACAUUGGCACAGUGCACCGGUGAUUUGUCAAAUUCCAAUUGUCAAGAAUGCUUAACACGAGCCGCCAGGGAAAUUCCCCGUUGUUGCUUUAAUAAAGAAGGUGGCAGAGUUUUGUUUCCAAGCUGUUAUGUUCGUUACGAAGUUUACCCCUUUUACCAGCUCACCAUCACCAAUCCAGUACCGCCUCCCCCGCCCACUUCCACAACUCCCACAGGGGACACCAGAUUCUCCACGCUGAUAAUUGUAGCCAUCGUGGUUCCAGUUCCUACCUCCAUAUUGAUUUUGGUUCUGGGCUGGUGUUUCCUGCUCCGAAGAGAAAAGAAGAAAUACACUGCUGUAAACGAAGAUAGUGCUGUUAAUGAGAUUAGCACAGUUGAAACUCUGCAAUUUGAUUUCAAUACAAUCGAUGCUGCUACUAACAAAUUCUCAGAGGAAAACAGGUUGGGUGAAGGUGGAUUUGGUGUAGUCUACAAGGGAAGGCUUGAAAAUGGACAAGAGAUAGCAGUGAAAAGACUAUCAAGAGGAUCUUUGCAAGGCUCUGAAGAGUUCAAGAAUGAGGUUAUGUUGGUUGCUAAGCUUCAACACAGAAAUCUAGUGCGGCUUUUGGGAUUCUGCUUGGAGGGUGAAGAAAAGAUUCUCAUCUAUGAAUAUAUUCCCAACAAAAGCCUUGAUUACUUCCUAUUUGAUCCUGAGGGACAAAGAGAAUUGGAUUGGUUGAAACGGUAUAAGAUCAUCCAUGGGAUUGCUCGAGGAAUCUUAUAUCUACAUGAAGAUUCUCGCCUUCGAAUUAUUCAUCGUGAUCUUAAAGUCAGUAACAUCUUGUUAGAUGAGGAAAUGAAUCCAAAGGUUUCAGACUUUGGUAUGGCAAGGAUUAUCCGAAUUGAUGAGACUCAAAGAAAUACUAAUAGAAUUGCUGGUACCUUCGGCUACAUGUCUCCAGAAUAUGCAAUGCACGGAAAUUUCUCUAUGAAAUCUGAUGUAUAUAGUUUCGGAGUUUUGGUGUUGGAAAUAAUAAGUGGCAAGAAAAACAACACCUUUUAUCUAUCAGGUCUUGCAGAAGACAUCUUGACCUAUGCUUGGAAACUCUGGAAAGAUGGAACACCAUUAGAACUAUUGGACUCGAGUUUGAGAGACCAUCACUCAAAAAAAGAGAUGUUAAGAUGCAUUCAUAUUGCCUUACUCUGUGUUCAGGAGGAUCCUAGUCGUAGACCUUCUAUGGCAUCCAUUGUUCUUAUGUUGAAUAGUUAUUCUGUUACUUUACCUGUGCCUGAAGAUCCAACAUUCUUCAUGCGUAGUAGAGACCAUAACAUUGUGAUAGACAAUGAUCAACUUGUGAAUACGUCUGAUCAGUGGUCUGUCAAUAAGAUGUCUAUAACUGAGUUGCACCCACAAUGAAGUAUGUUUAUUGAUAUCAUAAGCGACUUAUGCUUAAUGAUUGUAAUGAAUUAUUUAAAUUAGCUUAGUUUUAUACAACAAAUGUA